UUUUGUCUUCGCUCAUCCAGUAGUAUCUCAUCCAGAGGCACAUACUGUCCACCAUUUCUUUAAAAAAUACAUUUUUUUAAAUUUGUAAACAAAUGUGAAUAAUGAGAAGAACAAUAUUGAAGUGAUAUAAAGUCUUCUUAGAGGAAGCGUUGUAUAAGUAAUGGCUUAGGUCAUGUACUUUGAAUUAGUUGUAGUGAAUAGAGCUUUUAGCCGUGGUUGAUUCCAGGGUGAGCCGGCUCCUCGUAGAUGAGCUCUGGCUGCCUCAGCCUCAGAUUGCAGUUGAGACUUUAUAGACUCGCAGAGCGGUCUUCCAACCACUUCUCCAUCAGCAAACCGGCCGCCAAAUAACUUUGUUUUCGAAAAUAGUGCUGGACUAUCGACUCCAUAUCACGCUUACUGGAUACACUUUUCAAGUCAUCAGCAACAUCAUCAUCAUGAUGUUAGUAUGGUGUUUGAUUGUGCUGGUGUCGGCCUUCGGCGGGGGUGAGUGUGAGGACAUGAGUGGCCUGCCCAAAUUCAUGCACAUGAGCACAAGUCAGUUCCGCCAUCUGAGGGACACCCUGCUCAACAUCAUCGGCAGAACCACGGCCACUCAGCCUCAAAUGGCCAGGUUAAGCAGGAUGCAGAUGUUGCAGCCUUCUCAAGAGAACAAGCCGUUUCCUUGCAACACGACAGGGUACAGGUCGAGUAGUCGUCCGACCAGCGUGCAUCAGCUGAUGCCAGGAGACAUCGACAUCAUCGGUGCUCUCGGUGACAGCCUGACGGCGGGGAACGGUGCGGCUGCCACCAAUGUCUUCCAAGUCUACACCGAGAACAGAGGCAUAUCUUGGUCAAUUGGAGGCCAGGGCACCUGGAGAGAGUUCCUCACUUUACCAAAUAUAAUCAAAGAGUUCAAUCCUAAUUUGAUAGGGUAUUCGCUGAAAGACUCAUUCACGCACCACAAAGCAUCACAAUUCAAUGCGGGGGAGAUUGGGGCAAUGAGCAGAGAUGUGCCCUACAUGGCAACAAUUCUAGUGAAGAGAAUGAAAAACGACAAACGAGUCGAUUUCAAGAAUGAUUGGAAGCUAGUCACAUUGAUGAUAGGUAGUAAUGAUUUCUGUGUUGAUGUCUGCUAUAUGAAACAAAUGACGCUUGCUCCAGAGCUGCAUCGUAGAGAUCUCAUCAAAACAAUUACCUAUCUGAGGGAUAACUUGCCUAGAACUAUUCUUCAAAUAGUCGUUGCACCAAAUUUGGAAGUGAUAAUGAAUUUCACAGGACUUCCAAUGACAUGUAGAAUAACACAGACUUCAGAAUGCCCUUGCCUGAUUGGUCUACCGUUUAGAAGUAAACGAAAAACUAUGCUCAAGAUAAUGGAUGAGUGGCAGAAAGUAGAAAUGGAAGUGGCAAUGGAUCCUAAAUUUACGACUGACGAUUUUGCUGUGGUGUACCAGCCCUUUACAGCUGAGCUAACAUUUCCAACACGUAGGAAUAGCAAUGGAGAAAUAGUGACUGACACAACUUAUCUAUCAAAAGAUUGCUUCCACUUCAGUCAGAAGGGCUAUUCUAGAGCUUCCAAUGCCUUAUGGAACAAUCUUCUGGAACCAGUAGGAGGAAAAACAACGAAUUGGCAAACUGAAUUCACUAGAUUUCUGUGCCCCAGUCAACAAAAUCCAUAUAUUUACACAAAUAGAAAUUCAUUGAAAAAUUGAAACGUAAUAUAUUAUCUUUAUUGCUUUAAUAAGACUGUAGACUUUUAUUCUUCUAUUAGUUCAUCUAGUUGAUAUUCUCAAUUUACUGUUGAUAAAAUAUUCCUGAGUGGUUUAUUCUUGCCUUAUUGCUGUUUCACUUAUGUGUUAUGUGAAGCUUGCCAGGAUUCUAAUGUGACAUUUAGACUGCUACCUCCGAUAGCAUUUAAUUUAAACUCUAAGACUUAAAUUUUAAUAGAUAAUAGAAUACGGUAGAUAGAAAUAUUUAGGUCUAAUGAAUAAGUUCUAGGUAUAAUAAAAGAUAAUCUUUCAUAAGAUUCUCAUUCUACAUCAUAUUGCUGUAAAAUGUGAUUUAAGUAAUGUUUACUUAUUUGAUAAUAAAUUAUUGAUAGAAAAUGUUCACUAA